AUGCUGAAUGCUCUGGUCGAAGAUGUAGUCAUACUGGAAACCCUUGCAGAAGAGCUUGCGAAGUGCUUGAGCAUAGUUGAGGAGAAUGCCGAAUUCACUCGGGGAGCUGUGGUACAGCAAGCCUGUGGAAGUACCGUGCUAAAUGCCCUAGUUGAAGACAUGGUCGCACUGAAAACCCUCAUGAAGGAAGAGGUCUCGAAAGAGCCUGCAUAG